CUGGAACGGAACUUAGUACUCUAAUAAACAUUACAUUACACGAAUUGAAUAUUGCAAGAACCUGCGUUUUGUUGAUUCCUUAAUUAAUUAUAAAGCUCCCUUAGUUCAUAGACAUUUGGAUGGUUCAAAGGUCAAACCGAUCGAAAACCUACUAACACUAAAAACGUGCGCAGCAGCUGUUUUGCCUCUCAUAUUGCAGGUAAAUUGAUGCCAAACUGGCACACACAGGCAGCAGCAGUGGCAGCAUGCGACGCAACAACUAUCCCUACCAGCCCCUGAAUCAGAACCCAGGACCCAGUGCUCCCGCUAGUCAUGAUGCGCUUGAGGCGGAAAACGAACGCGCGGCAGAAGAACUGCAACAGAAGAUCGGAGCACUCAAAUCGCUGACCAUAGACAUUGGCAACGAGGUGCGCUACCAGGACAAGCUGUUGCGCGGCAUCGACGAUGACAUGGAUCGAACAGGCGGCUUUCUGGGCAACACAAUGACACGCGUUGUACGGCUGGCCAAGCAGGGCGGCGGCUCCAAGCAAAUGUGUUAUAUGUUCCUCUUCGUGCUGUUCGUCUUUGUGCUGCUCUGGCUGACGCUCAAGUUCAAAUAGUGUGACCGUAUGUUAAUUUUAUAAAAAAAUAUAUUUUUAGAUACCCUACAAAGUGCGGUUCAUAGACAAAGGUGGAAA